CUGAUUCUUGCGGUUGCUUCUGACCUCACUCUCUCUCCCCCUCUCUCCGCUCCGUCUCUAUCUCCUUCGCUCCCCGACCGCCGACUUCCUAACGGUUCGCCGCCGUCUUUCCUCGCAGCACUUCCGAUCAGAACGUACGCCUGAGUUCCUUUUCCCUCUUGAUUUGGUAGUUUCUGUGAUCUGCGUCCGCCGUUUCAAUCCGGCGGUUUCUCCCACCAUUUUCUUGCUUCCGGUGUAGUUCAUUCGCUCUAUUUUGAACUCGGCAGCAGCUUCGAGGUCGAGACGCCGUUGGGAAGCUGUGAUGCUUUUAAUUGUUUCGGAUAUCAGUUUUCCCAGGUAUACAAGAUGCUAGGGUCAUUUCUUACUAGAGGACUUGUGUUGGCUUUUGGCUACGCUUACCCAGCUUAUGAGUGCUAUAAAACCGUCGAAUUGAAUAAGCCGGAGAUUGAGCAGCUUCGCUUCUGGUGCCAAUAUUGGAUUCUGGUUGCUGUGCUGACUGUUUGCGAGAGAAUCGGAGAUGCUUUUAUUUCAUGGGUUCCAAUGUACAGCGAGGCUAAGUUGGCAUUUUUUAUAUACUUGUGGUACCCCAAGACCAAGGGAACUACAUAUGUCUAUGACUCUUUCUUCAGACCUUAUGUUGCUAAACACGAGAAUGAAAUCGACCGCAACUUGCUGGAGCUGAGGACAAGGGCUGGAGACAUGGCGAUAUUGUACUGGCAAAGAGCGGCGAGCUAUGGUCAGACAAGAGUCUUUGACAUUUUGCAGUAUGUUGCUGCACAAUCAACCCCAAGACCUCGCCCUGUUCAGCAGCAGCAACAGCAAGGUCCCAGGGGUCGAUCAACAUCUAAUCCACCAACCCGCCGUCAACCAGCAGGGUCAAAACCAGAACCAGAGGAGCCUCCAUCUCCCACUUCCAGCACAUCAUCGAGUCAGCACCAAACUGAACUAGCAGCAGCAGAAGAGGCGGUGAGUUCUAAAUCCCCUCAAGCCACCAUCGCCCCAUCGGGAGCACCAAAUCCACCAAGAGCCCCAAAUCCACUGAAAGCUCCCAACACACCCACGAGAUCACUGUCCGCUCCAUCUGAACCACCGACAAACCCGUCUGCCCCGGAAGCAAUGCAGAUCGAGUCCGCAGCAGCACCUUCGUCGAGUGCUCCUGCUGCCCCAAAGGAGACGGUCAUCGAAGAAGCCCUCCGUGUCACUCGUGGAAGGUUAAGGAAAACCAGAUCAGGAACCAGGUGAAGAAAGGGGACGGGGAAAAAAACAGUUUGUUCUUCAGCAGGUGUAAAUUUGCUAAGUCUCUCUUUAGUUUCUUCAUUCCAUUUGUUGCUUUAUUUGAUCGAACACUUCGAAAUGCCAAAAAAAAAAAGGAAGAAGAAGAAUACUUUGGAGGAAGGAACGUAUAAUGAGGAUGCGAAUUUCACUCUGUUAUCUACAGAUGGCCGUUAGUGGAAGAUGUGCUAAGAUGCAGUUCAUAAUGCGGUCAGGAACUGUUCACUUAGAAUGUGUAUAAAAAAUAAUAAUAGUAGUAAGCAUUUGGUAAGAGAGUAGGUAUGGAGAAGAUUAGCAUGGUUCCAACGCAAGUGUAUUAGUCGAUAGUGGAUAGGCUUAAACGCCAGGGUUUUUAUUAAGUAGAUAAGCUUAUUGGAACUGCCAACUGCCAUUAUAUAAAGACUAAAGUUGAUGGUGAA